AUGAGGCCCAAGCAUGUGAACUUGUGGAUGGCCCUGGUCGCCGCCGUGCUCUUCAGCUUCUCCUGUUUCAGUAUCAUCAAGCUGAUUCGAACCAGUAAUCAGUUAAUUAAUUGUCAAAGCCAUGUUUUGGAGUUUAAGGAAAAUAUGCGACAUUUGAAAAACAAAGCUGAAAAUAAUCGCCAAAAGCUGAUAACAAUCUUGACCCAAAUAAGGCAUGAAAUUGCACAGAGAGCAAACGUAGCAGAAAACUUGGUUCAGAGGAAACCAGAUACGUUGAGUAAGAAUGAAACAGUAUAUAAUACAUUUGAAGCCUUAAAGUUCUUUUUACCUCACCUAAGGAAAGAGGGCAGAGUUUAUCCUGAUGUAAUCAUUGGCAAAGGGAAAACAGGCGUUUCUUUUGCACUGGGUAUUUCCACUGUUAACAGAGGAAAUCAUAGUUACCUGAAGCAAACACUGACCUCUGUUGUCUCCAGGAUGACGCUUUCAGAAGAGAAGGACUCUGUGGUGAUUGUCUCUAUUGCAGAUUCAGAUAAAGAUUAUAUACAUUCUGUUGUCGACAUGAUUAGAAAAAGAUUCAAAAAGCAGGUGAAGUCUGGAUCCUUAGAGGUUAUUUCAGUACCUGCCUUUUUAUAUCCAGACCUCUCAAAUGUCAAGCAACCAACCGAGGACUCACAACUUAAGAGUCGGAGAAUCAAACAAGUAUUGGAUUUUUGCAUUUUAAUGUUGUAUGCUCAACCCAAGGCCAUGUAUUAUUUACAGCUGGAAGAUGAUGUCAUAGCUAAAAAGAUGUACUUGACAAAAAUAACAGAUUUUGUACAUCAUAUGACUUCAAGUAAUUGGCUUUACCUUAAGUUUUCAAUGCUUGGCUUCAUAGGAAAGCUGUUUAGAUCUGAGGAUUUGCCUGAUUUUGUACGUUUUUUUUUAAUGUUCUACAAAGAGAAACCCAUAGACUUGCUCUUGAAUGACUUUUUUCAGGUAAAGAUGUGUGACUCAGGAGAAUCUCUUAAGAUCUGUCAGCAACGAAUGAAGGAAAUUUGUGUCCAAUAUAAACCUUCUCUUUUCCAGCAUGUGGGUAUACAUUCAUCAUUUCCUGGAAGAGAACAGCAUUUGCAAGUGCAGGCGGAUGGGACCGACCCUCCCGGCGGUGGCGGCUGCGGCGGCGACUCCAGCCUGGCGGCUCCCUGGACGCGCCGCGUGGAGCCCGGCGCGCGCCGCUGGGGAGGGAGCGAAAGUGCUGGGUGCAAUCCAAGGAGGCCCCAAUUACUGGAGACUCCUGAUCGCCUAAGGCCUGUUGACUCUCGCUCAGACACUUUUGCCCAUCUUAUUCACAGCAUCGGCCCAGGCCACCGCGAGGAGGCAUUUGCUUGGGAUUUGGACGCAAAUGGCAGCAGAGCUCUGGAGGGGGGAGAAGACAGUAAAAACUCACUCAUUUUACUUCUGGGCUUCCCUGACGGCCCAGAAACCCUGGUGCUACAUGUGCUUCUCCAGAGCGGUAGCCACAGACUCCCCCUGACUGAUGGUUUGGCAGUGUCUGUCACCCUCUUCCCUGUCACCCUCUUCCUGUCACUCAUUCUGUAA